AAAAGUGUUAAACUGUCAAAGGAAAAGAAAAAAAGUAAUGCACCAGUAAGUCUUUAACUUUGCACUCCACCUUCGAGUUUACAUGAUGAACCUGUACCUUCAGACCCUUCAGACUUAGUUAAUUAAUCGUUAACUUUCGCCAAUAAUUAUUAUUAUUGUGGAAGUGCGCCUCGUGACGUUUUCUAUCACGUCUUGGAGCGUGACAUCUUCUGCGAAAAACAAACCAAACCAAACCCCCCACAAAAAUAGAGAAGAACAAACGAUCUUUGAUUCUGUCAGUGGGGCGGGAUCAGAAUGGUUUGGCCCAUACCGCUCUCCGUAGAUCUGGGCCUGGGCGUCGUUCGGAUCGUCUGCUCCUGCUGCGUAGGAGCCAAAUCACUUCAGCAGCUCGUCUUGUUGGCGUUCAGUUCUUCAACUAAAACCAAAUAUAAACUAUAAUCAUGUGUUCUGUUACUUUAGAAAACAACGGUUCUCCAAAGAAACGGAUGCUGUCCCGGGGAAUGAGUGAAGAUGAGUCACUCCGGAGCAUUAUAAAAGAGAGCGAGGCUCCAUCCUCCAGGCGCCUGACACGCAGCGACAGCCGGGGAGGCACCCUGAGGAGGAAGACCGACACCCAGCAUUUGGACCAGGCCCUCCUGAUGGGACUGCCUGAAAUGCUGGAACUGCAGGCCAACUAUGAAGAGGCGGUGCAGGAGAUGCGUGGGAUGGAGGUGGAGCGAGAGGCCCUGUUGUUUCAGGUGGAUGUGCUGCAGGACGAGCUGGAGGGAGUGGAAGAGCUGCUGGCCGAAGCCCAGAGAGAAGCAGGACAGGCCAGCUCGAAGCUGGAACAAGAAAGAGAGGCCAACAGGAAACUGGAGAGCCUGCUUUGUUCUCUAAAGCAGGAGGUGGAGAGAUUAAAAGAGGAGAGAAAGAACCAAACCGCUCCAGUGAACGGGAUUGAACCAUCCGAACAGGAAUGCCAAACGAGUAACAACACGAUGACGGUAAUUCAAAGUGAAAACGAUCAUUUGUUGUGCGAAGCCUGCGGCGUCAAAAUUAGAAGUGGAGUUCUGGAAGCCUCCGAGAAACUGGGAGAAGAAGUCGUUCCAGGAAGUGCUGGAGCGGCCCCGGCGAAGCUGCAGAGGCUGGCCAGCCAGCCCUUUACCCACGCUCCUUCUCUUGCUCUGGUCGACCCGACCUCUGUGGACGGGGUCCUUCAGCGGCCCUACAGAAACCACACGGAGGACAGGCGGGACCCCUCCCCCGACAGGAACGACUCGGACAGCAUCAGCGCCUACGAAGACGCGUCUGCUGACACUCCCGAGCACGAGAGGGCGCUAGCUGCCGGCAGCGAGUUGUUCAACGAUUUAGAGGAUACAAAGACAAAAGCAACUGACAGUGAUUUGAAUGAAAGUGGCGAAACUCAGGGUCCCAGAAGCCCUGACAGCUGCAUUUUGUCUUAAUUUCACCUUCUGUUGACCCCAAGAAAAGUUAUGGUGGUUUGGUGACAUUUGAUCUGUUUUAUAGCCAGUUUAUUAUUAUUUUCUAAAAUUAUAAGUGUAGAUUUAUCAACCUUUCAAGCAAAAUUGCCAAACAUUUGCCUUUUUGGGGCUCGAAUACCCAUAUUUUCCCACACUUUCAGGGGAAAAACACUGAUAUUUCUAUUUUUUUAAUUUAUUUUGAACACGAUUAGACAAAAUCAUCAAAAGAUUAAUUGGAUAUACAAAGUACUAUUUUUCCAAUCAGUAAAAUAUGCCAGUCUAAACAUACAAAAUAAAUCUUUUACAUUUUGUUUUUAACUGCCUACUUUCAUAUCAGCUGCCAAGUUUUCCCUUUAAGCCUGCCUUAAUUUUGUGUGUGGAUAAAUAGGGAUAAUUUUUUUUCUAUUAUCAGGUGUUUUGGGUUGUCUAACGCUGUUCUGUGUGCACGUCAAGAUUUAUCUAUGUCCAAAAUACAAUGAGUUAUGUCCUAAGUCAGGUACUGGCUUUUUUUUAAUCAAAAAAAUCAUUCAAAAAGUUGAAAAUCUUGUUUACUUGAAGCAGAUUUGUUAUAUUUUACACUGAUCUUUGCAAGGCAUGAGAAAACACAUUUCCCUCAAGCAAAAAUCGUAUUUUUCUACAGCCGUCUUGCGUUUUUUUUUUUUUUUGCUCUGAAACUGUAUCAAAAUUGAGCGCAUUUGCACUUUUUUUUUUCAAUUGUGGCAUAAAUGUUUCUGUACAUUUAGCUGCAACAUUCCUUCUCAGAACCAAAAACUUGCUGAUUUGCUGCAGAGUGAUUCUGUUUGCACAAUUUUUUUAGUAAAACUUUCUGAAAUGUAGUGUUUUUCAAUGUCUGACUGCUGUAAACACUUUAUAUCUGAUCACAUUGUUUUUUUUAUCUUAAUUUUUUGAGUUCUAAAGUUUUGGAAACAUUUCACCUCAUCUUUGAUCAUUUGCAUGAGUACAUAUACAUAUCUGUAUCAUGCACAUAUAAACUUUUGCACGCAACACAUUUAUCUGUGAGUAAUACCUCUAAGUCACGUACUGCAGAAAUGGAAGCUUUUUGAAGAAAAAACAUUUUGGUUUAGACUCAUUUCUCACUGGUAAAAUUCUAAGAAAUAUGUAACAUUUUCACCCCAUCGAGGUAUAUUUAAAUGACUUGUUUUAUAAAAAUGCUUUCAGUUGAAUCGUAUCUGGAACCAGCUGGGUUUAUUCUAACAUUUUGUUGUUAAAAACUGUUUGUUUAUGACCAGUUUUGCCUUUAAAUCUCAUUUUUGUCUUUCCAGCUUCAUGCUAAAUAACUUGGUCAAAGUUGUGUUUGCCAACAAGAUGUUAGAAAGUUCAUGUUUGCUAAAAUGACUUUUGCUGUUAAACAGGAUUUUUUUGGAUGGCACCACAUGACUAACAUCCUGCAAGCUUCAACAGCUCAAAGGGAUUUCAUCUGUCUAUGUUUAAAGGUUACAGUUGAAUGCAGCAGACUUUUUAAAGAGUUGAUUGUGCAAUCAGAUUGUUUUGUUUUAACUGAAUUUUUUUAAGCAGCAAAGAAAAAGGGUGUUUUUUUACUGUAUCUGAGUGUGUUUUUGACUGUUUUAACUUUGUUUUUUCACUUUCUAUAAGCUUUGAGGUGUUCUACUGUAAAAGUGGAUGAUUCAUAUCAUAAAAGGAGCUUUUAGCGCAGGCAUCGGUUAGUUUGUCAUUUGUACUGCGUCUUUUCAUGAAAUUAAACCUUCAGUAGCGG